AAAUAAGAGGUUCCAUGAAAAAUAAUUAAUAAUGAAGUUGAAAAACAAAAAAGUAUACCAUUUAAGUGAUAAGUGGACCCUUAUGAAUGAAUUUCUUGGAAGCAUGAGGGGAUUCUUCCUUUCAGUUGUAGCAUAUAAAGCACAAGGGGUUGCAGCAUUGGCUACAAAUGCAUAAAGUACUGCUGAGAUGGAGUCGAAAUGGUUAGCCAUGGUUCUUGUAGUGUUAUCGUUAGGUUCUGGGCUGUGUGAUGGGUGCUUAGAGGAGGAAAGAUUUGCUCUAUUCCAGCUCAAACCUUUCUUUGCGUUCAUUGAUUAUAAGUUUCAAGAUCUAGACUAUGAGUCAAAACCGGAAAAAGAGAGUUCAUCAAAUUGUUGUGAGUGGGAAAGGGUUGAAUGCAACCCAAUAAGUGGACGAGUCACCCAUCUUUUCCUUAAUUAUUCCAGCAACAUGAAGAGAGAUUGGUAUCUUAAUGCCUCUUUGUUUCUUCCUUUUGAGAAAUUACAGAAUCUUUCUUUUAAGUGGGAAUUUCAUAACCGGCUGUGUUGCCAAUCAGGGUUUUGAAAGGUUGUCAUCGAAAUUGGAUAAGUUGGAGAAUCUUGACUUGAGUGACAAUCAUUUCAACAAUAGCAUUUUAGCAUCCUUAAGUGAACUUUCCUCGCUUAAGUCUUUAAAUCUAGCUUACAAUGUAUUCACAAGAUCAAAUCCUACCAAUGUUUUGGAAAUAUAGAUGGUUUUGCCACUAUGACACCAGUGUGUAUUGAGUAUUGCGGACUAAAAGGAACCCUUGAUAUACAAG